AUGCCUGGAAUUCUCACUCAACCAUCUUCUCUCUCUAUCCCUCAUGACCCUUCGGAGCUUCCUCCUGGCUCUGACCCUUUCCUCAUUACUGCCCAAAAUGGCUAUCUCCCCACCCAUCUGCCCCUUCGCAGGCUCCCUGCCGCAUUUGAUGCAUUGAGCGACAUCCUCGAUGACAUGCCUAUCCUCAAGGAAGACGGUACUGCCGGCUUGCUUGCUACCUUCAAGCUUGGCCCACUCAUUGACUCCGGGGCUUUGCCUGACCUCACUGCCGAGAUUGACAACCUUGUCGUUGCUGGCACUGGCGAGAUUGAUAUGGCUGCUAUCACCGCUGCAUUCCGCGAUUAUUCUUUUGUCGCUUCAUCUUACUUGCUUGAGCCCUGUUGGAAAAUUUACAGCAACAACGCCGAUGAUGGGUAUGGACUUGGUCGUCAGGUGCUUCCCAAGUGUAUUGCUGGACCACUUGUCAAGUGUGCAGAGAUGUAA